AUGUGGACUUCGACUUUCCCAUCCGAAAAGGCUCGUGCUGCCGACUUCAGGCAUCAAGUCACCCAGUCCUUCGAGGCAGAUGCACAGAAUCUUGCAACAGAAACGGACAAAAUUGACCAGCUGGUCUCCAUCCAGAGCUUUGCCCUCAAAUUCAUCAAGGAUGCCGCGCGCCAAUCUCCUGAAUACCAAGAAGGACUGAAUCUUCUGUGGCAUAUGUUCUGCAUUACUGCUCAGAAUCUUCACCAGGAAGACUCAUUCCAGGAUAGCCUUGUAUCCCUGCUGCUAUGGACCAAAGAGUAUGACUCUGUUUACAGACAACUUCACCCAAAUGAGAUUGCUGAUGAAUCUUGGGAGGGGUAUGGCUUUGCUAGGGAAUUGCAAUCAUCUUGGGAACACCUCUCGACGGAGAGGAACGUUUCCAAAAUGAGCAAUCUGGCGAUGUUCUCAGCAAAGUGCUUUGCGCUUGGAGUGAGCGACGAUAUUGAGCCAACUGCCACAUGGGUUAUGCGGAACGCCCUCGAGACUGAAGAAGAUACCGAUGGCCUGGUCUACCUUCCUUCUGCCGCCAUUUUGGUGCAAAAUUGCGCCUUCAAGCUGUUUUCCUUGCCAUUGAUGAGAUUGCAGGGAACACGCUCUCCAGAGGAGAAUGGCCCAGCAACAGCUGGCAUCUCGGCCCAGAAAGCAGGCAUCCACGACGUUAGAUUUUCUCAGUCGAGAUGGCUUUACUGGCGGCGUCGGUUCCAAGAGAUUGGCCGCCAUCAUGACCCGACCGUGGCCUCACAGGCUAAGAAAGGUUUUAUGGCCAUGAUUUCGUGUGGGCGGCUGUUGGAUCUAUCCGUCCUCGGCGAACUCAGAUUCUCAAGCACCUUCAGCAGGCCAUGUGGGAGGAGCACAAGAGAAGCGGAAAAGAAAGCGUGGAUGGAGAUGAGAUUGACAUCAAUAUAG